AUGCAGGAUGAGUACGAGCUCGAGCUCGAGCAGAUGGAGGACGCCUUCCUCAAGGAGCGCGACGAGCGCAUCGCCAACAACAAGCUCGAGAUCGACUCGCUGUUCGAGCGCAGACGCGAGAUGGAGAUGGUCUACAUGGAAGCUAAGCAGACGCGCGACGAGCAGUAUCUGCAGGAGAUCGAGGAGCUGCGAGUGCGCGAUGCGGAGGACUACAACGAGCUCAAGAUCAAGCUCGAGACCAACAUCCAGACGCUCGAGCAGCAGCUCGAAGAGAUGCGCGCCACGUACCAGCUCAACACGGAGAGGCUCGAGUACAAUUACCGAGUGCUGACGGAGCGCGACAUGUUGAACUCGGCCACGCUCAGUCAGCAGAAGCGGAGGCUGUCUCGACUGAAAGACGCGCUGGCCACUCUGAUCGCCAAGUACAACCAGACCGACGCUCGGGACCGACACCAAAACGAGGAGCUCACGGAGGAGUAUCGGCGCCUCACGAACCAGUACCUCGACCUGCAGCGGAAGUACGCGCACUUCGAAACCAGCGACAGCAACAAGUACGACGAAGUGUGGCAGAUGCACGAGGAGGACGCGAUUCACAAGAUCGAGAAGCUGCUGGACGCCGAUCGCAUCAUCCACGAGCAGCAGCUUGGCCUCGCGUGGCGGCCACCGGCUCAGUCCAUCCGUAAUUGGAGUCAGUCUGCAAAGGCUGGCGAUGCGGCAGCUCUCCAGAAGCAGCUCGAGAACGGAGACGAGUCGUCGCCCGAUUCCAACGAGAGCGAUAAGGGCGGCAGCAGGCGAGACGACAAUGGCGCCAACGCCGACCAGGACGAUUUCGACGACGAAUCGGUCGAAGCCUACACGCCGCCAGUCAAGAAAAUAUCGGGCGCGAAGCUCAAGUACAUGCUGAAGAUGCUCGCGUCCAAGGCUGGCUUCCUGGACAUGGAGAAGCUCAUGGGGUACUUCUUCGAGGACCCGCGACAAGAGGUUCCUGGUAGUGGUGACAACAACCGGGAGGGCAAUUCACCCGGCAAGGACGGGGCCAAGACAUCGUGGGGCCUUAUGGUCGGCCCGGAGGACGUCAUCCGAGUCAUCAAGCAGUUCGUUGAGGUUCGUCGCUGCAGACAUUGCUGA